CGGACACGGACGUACAGCUUCAGACGUACGGACUGGACGACUUUGCAGAUCUCUGGUCUGAACAUCGCAGCCAAUCCCAGUGUUGUUUGUGAUCAUGAGCCUCUUUACUCUGCGCGUUCCGUACUUGGGCCCGCUCUUGCGCGAAUACGAGGACUUUGACGAGUGGCAAGAGAGCUUCCUCGACCACGCCGAGGCUGCCCAUAUCGCAGGGUACCUCAGCACCAAGGACUACGAAGACCCGAACCUUGCCGACUACGUUUCGCCGGCGCAGAUGUAUCUCUUGGCGGCUAGCGCCGAAGUGGCCGAGCCGCGGAUCCCUGGCGGUUUAUCAGUCGCAACGUACAACGAAGCUUCGCGCCGCCGCCAACGCCUCGUGGAUGACCGCGUGACGCUUGCGGUCAUGGGCGAGUGCACUGCGAUCAAGGGACACAUCGCCCACUUUGCCAAACAGUACCUCCUCUCGGCUCUAGAUCCGCGCCUCCACGACGAUCUCAUUGGACUUCGGACCGCGUUUGAGAUUUGGGAGAUGCUGCGCACGCGAAACCGGAUUGGUCACGGUGUAGGCAGCGCCGAUCUCCUCGGACCCUUUGACCAGGUUGCAAUGCUCAAGUACAUUCGGCGGGAAGCGGCAACCCACUUUUUCGCGCGGUACGAAGUCGGCAUCGAGCGUUUCUUGCGCCCGCUUCUAGCGACUUCCGGGCACGGUGCGAUCGCGCAAGCUCGCAAGGCGAUGGCCGACAGCGCCAAGGCCUCGUUCCUCGCCCACGCAUUUGCGCCACACCUAACGCAUGAGUUUGAAGCUUGGCAAAAAGCCAAUCCGACGGGCGGCUACGAAUACUUGAAGGCAUGCGUUCAGAAGCAGCUUGCCAACCUUCCCGAUGACGCGUUCUCGCUCCAAAAGAGCGUCCUUGGUCUACAGCCGACCGUGCAUUCCUCAUGCGGCUAUUGCCACUCAAAGGAGCACAUUGACAGCGUCUGUCGCCAUCUCUACCACGCUCGCCGUCUGCACAUUGUUCGCGAUGGGUACGUGCUGCCGCAAGAUGGUGAGUGGCCGCAGGACGAAGAGGACACGCUCGUCGAUACCAGCAGACGCUUCUGCACCUACUGUCAAUCGACAAAGCACCGAGAUGAGAAGUGCGCGCAGCUGGCGACGGACAAGCAGAGAGGGCGAGUGCGGUUGACGUACCGAAGUGUCGCGCUGCCAGGUGAGAGUUCGGCGCCAAUCGCGCGCUUUUGCACGUACUGCGACUCGAUGUAUCACCACGACAGCGCGUGCUCCAAGCUUGCUGAUGCUAUCGCUGCUAGCACCGUCCGUGCUGGAUACGUUUUUAUGGCGGCAAGCGACGCUGCACCAAAUGAAAAUGCGCUCUUGGAUGCCGAGCGCAGACGGUACUCGAAGAAAGCUCGUCGCGAAACCUCAAAUGACGAGUAACACAACGAGUCAAUUGACAUUCGUGCAUCGUAUAUAAUACUCUCAGUUUCAAACCGAAAGGCAGUGCUCA